GAAAAUCAACAACUCUGAAAAUCCCUGGGCGUUAAUGUAAAAAUCUAUCAAACCUCUUUCUCUUCUUUCACAUUGUUAAACACUAAAAAAAUAAAGUCGUAUCCUUAGAUCUUUGCUAAUCAGUAAUCAAUCAAUUAUCUUUUUGAGGAGGAGACUCGGGAUUUAGUUUCUUCUUCGAUUCGGGGGUUCGAUUGAAUGGCUAACACUGCUUGUUUUAUAAUUGUGGGUCGGAAUGAUAUUCCCAUCUAUGAAGCUGAAGUUGGAUCUGCUGCCAAAGUACAUUUCUUGUUCCUUCAUUGCGUUUUGCUCCAUUUCUUGUUCCUUCAUUGGUCAUUAUCUUAUUAUUACUAUCUCUUCAGGUUCUUGAAGUCUGUUGACAGGUUUAACGUUCUGGUUGUGUCAGUCUAUGUUACAGCAGGCCAUACCCGCCUCAUGCUCCUUCAUGAUUCUCGCAACGAGGAUGGCAUCAAGAGCUUCUUUCAGGAGGUGCAUGAGCUUUAUAUAAAGAUUCUUCUGAAUCCCUUGUAUCUGCCGGGUUCGCGGAUAGCAUCGUCACAUUUUGACACCAAAGUACGUGCACUUGCAAGAAAGUAUCUUUAGAGAAGACAGAGAGAUUUCAAUGCUCAGUUUGCUUCUAUCCAUAUGUUGUUUCUCUUUUAUCUUCUCUGUGAGAAACGCAGUAAGAGUGACUUAAAGUUCUGAUCUAGCAUGUGAGAACUUGCAGUGAGAAAAGUAUAUCUAGGAAAAGGGUUCGUCAACCACCCCUGCCGGUCUUCAUCGAGAUGAGUAUGAAACAAUGGCUGGGGUAAGUAAUAAGAUCAUGCAUGGCACAAUGUAUCUUUGCUUCUUCUUCUGGUUCUCUCUAAUGUACACUGCAAGAACCACUUUUGGUCUCAGUGAUUGUGACAAGGCAGCUAUUAUAUAUAUACAAUGGUAGAAGUCGGCAUCAAUA